AUGCCUCCGAAGAGAAAAGCGGGCGGCGCCGUUCAGGGCGGGGCAAAGGUUGGCAGGUCCUCGCGGUUAUCGACACCAGGAGCCGCGACGCCUCGAACCAUCGAUAACAUUUUCUCCCUGGAUCGCUACCAGAAGAGACAUGCGAUUCGGGAUCCGCUCCCGCAUAUUUUUGGCGAUCGUGACUUUUCCUACCUGGUUCUCAAAAAGGACCAUCAGAACCGCCCUCUCUGGAUCGAUCCUCAGAAGGGACGCAUUAUUCUAGAGAGUUUCAACCCUCUUGCCGAGCAGGCCCAGGACUUCCUCAUCACCAUCGCCGAGCCGCUGUCCCGGCCGACUUUCAUGCACGAGUACGCCUUGACGACCCAUAGUCUGUACGCUGCCGUCUCCGUCGGCUUGUCUCCAGAAGACAUCAUCAACACGCUGGAUCGAUUCCUCAAGACUCCACUACCAGGCGAGAUUCGAAACUUCAUCACCAGCUGUACACAGAGUUACGGCAAGGUCAAGCUGGUUCUGAAGAACACAAAGUACUAUGUCGAAAGUCCCGAUCCCAAUAUGCUCCAGACUCUCCUCAAGAACCCAAAAAUUGGCCCUCUGCGUGUUCAGGGAACGGAAGAAAUCACCACCACUGUUGCGCCCAAGAUUGGUGGUCUUGUUAUCCCCGGAACACAGAACGCUGCUGGAGUGAAGCAGGCUAAUGGCCUCGGUCAGUCCGGCGAGCAAAAACAAGAUGAUGCGCCGGCCAAGGAGGGAGACGUCUUUGCCGACCUCAACGAGGAAGAUGAUGAAGAUCAGGAGGUGACACACUCGUUCGAGAUUGCCGACAAGGACGUGGAGACAGUGCAGAAGGAAUGCCUGAACCUGGGAUAUCCAGUUCUGGAGGAGUACGAUUUCCGACGUGACGAGGUCAACGCCAAUUUGGAUAUCGACCUUAAGCCCGGCACGCAGAUUCGACCGUACCAGGAGAAAAGUCUGAGCAAGAUGUUCGGAAAUGGACGAGCGAAGAGCGGACUCAUUGUUUUGCCUUGUGGCGCCGGCAAGACACUUGUGGGCAUUACGGCUGCUUGCACGAUCAAGAAGGGUGUCAUUGUCCUCUGCACGAGUUCUAUGUCGGUCGUGCAAUGGCGAAAUGAAUUCCUCAAGUGGUCUAACAUCAACCCUGACGAUAUUGUCGCCUUCACCUCGGAUUCCAAGAACAACGUCUUCACUGGAAGCACCGGUAUCAUUGUCACAACCUACGCCAUGGUUACGCAGUCGAGAGCGAGAUCUUAUGAUGCCGAGAAGAUGAUGAGGUUCCUGACGGGUCGGGAAUGGGGUUUGAUGCUGUUGGACGAGGUGCACGUUGUCCCCGCCAACAUUUUCAGAAAGGUCACGUCGUCGAUCAAGACACAUUCGAAGCUGGGUCUUACGGCCACGCUCCUGCGAGAAGAUGACAAGAUUUCGGAUUUGAACUUUUUGAUCGGACCUAAGCUCUUCGAGGCCAACUGGAUGGAACUGUCCAAACAGGGCCACAUCGCGAGGGUCCAGUGUGCCGAAGUGUGGUGCCCAAUGCCUACCGAGUUUUACGACCAGUAUCUCAAGGCACCCAGCAGGAAGAAGGGCCUUCUCUAUAUCAUGAACCCACGCAAGUUCCAGGCCUGCCAAUACCUCAUCAACUACCACGAAUCGCGAGGAGACAAAAUCAUUGUCUUCUCAGACAAUGUGUAUGCCCUCAAGGCGUACGCCCUCAAGCUACAAAAGGCGUUCAUCUACGGUGGUACCGGCCAGGCAGAGCGUCUGCAAGUGUUGGAGAACUUUCAGCACAACCCUAACGUCAAUACGCUAUUCCUGUCCAAGAUUGGUGAUACCUCUCUCGACUUGCCCGAGGCAACCUGUCUGAUCCAGAUUUCCUCGCAUUACGGUUCACGUCGUCAGGAGGCGCAGCGACUGGGUCGAAUUCUACGAGCCAAGCGAAGAAAUGACGAGGGCUUCAAUGCCUUUUUCUACUCGCUCGUGUCCAAGGAUACACAGGAGAUGUACUUCUCAUCCAAGCGACAGGCUUUCCUUGUCGAUCAAGGAUAUGCCUUCAAGGUGAUUACGCAGUUGGCCAAUAUUGAAAAGACUCCUGGCCUAGCGUUCGCAGACGUGUCAGAACGCCGUGAGCUCUUGCAAAAGGUGCUUGUUGAGAACGAGAGCAUGGAAGAGGAUGAUCCCAACGACGAUCUCUUCCAUCAGGGCACUAUGGGACGCAAGAAGAAGAAGAAGGGUGCCCGACGCACAGCCGGAACCCUCGGGGAGCUCAGUGGAGGCCAGGACAUGGCAUACAUUGAGCAGAACAAGAAGAUGCAGACACUCAAGAGGAACAAGAAGGACAGCAAUGCCUUCUUCAAGAAGAUUGGACGAGAGAAUGCCAGACGCGCCGCGGCGCAGUAA